GAGCAGAAGGCGGGUACUGUGUGACACGCAUGGAAAGGGAGAGUCGAAACGAAAGUUGAAGAAGCGGAUCAUAAAUAAAGUAUUCUGAUGGAUCGGAUUGCCUCUGAAACACAAUGAGUCUGGUGCUGCAUGAACUGUUAGUGUGCUGUCGUGGACUAGAGAAUGAGAAAGCCACAGAGAGGAAGAAAGAGGUGGACCGCUUCAGGAGACUAAUUCAUGCUCGGGACACGGUUGAGGAACUUGAUCGUACGUCAGCAUGCCAGGUGUCCAAGGGCUCCAAGCAGCUCACUUGGGAUGCUGUUUUCCGGUUUCUUCAGAAGUUCCUUCAGAAAGAAACAGAGCUUUUACAAUCAGGAAAGGCCAACGUUUCCGCCACCACGCAUGCCAACCGGCAAAAAAAGAUGCAGGAGAUCAGCAGCCUGAUGAAGUAUUUCAUCAGAUGCGCCAACCAACGAGGUGAAAAGUUAAAGUGUGCCGAGUUGAUGUCUCACAUGGUGGAGGUCUUGCAGAAUCCGUUCAGCUGUGCGGCGUACGGUGAAGACUACAGCAGUAUUCUCCUGAAGAACAUCCUGUCUGUGCGCAAAUACUGGUGUGAGAUGAGCCAGCAGCAGUGGCACAGUUUGUUGGAUUUGUACUGUGGGCUGUUCAUUAAGGGCUUCAAGUCCAUCAACAGGGUCCAAGUGAGUCGCAUCAUUUACACGGUUGUUCGGGGCUGUUGUCUUCAAACGGACGGCUUGUCCCACACUCUCUUUAACUUCUUCUUAAAGGCUCUGAGCAACUCCAGGGCAGAAAGACAGCUGAUGAUUUUGGAGAAUCUGGUGUCUGCAGUGAAUGUGUUUCUGCAUUCAGUGCUGCUGUCCUGCAGGAAACGGGUGUGUGGUUUGGGUGAGGAGAUUCUGCCCUCUCUGCUAUAUGUUUACACUCAGAUGAGACCGAGUUCAGUGCUGAAAGAAGAGCUGGUCAAGUUUUUCAACCUGCAGCUGUGUGUGCAUCACCCCAGAGGAGCAAAGACUCUGGAGACAGGUGCCCAUGCGGAGGACUGGGUGAGAUGGCAGGGUCAACUCUACGCCCUCUAUGAUUCACUGGUCAGUGAGAUCGGUCAGAUCGGCAGCAGAGGGAAAUAUGCCACAGGUUCUCGUCAUAUAGCUGUACAAGAAAACCUCAUUGAGCUGACGGCAGAUGUCUGCCACCAGUUGUUCAGUCAAGGCACGCAUGUUCAGGAAGUGACAUCAUCUCUAUAUCGAGAUACUCAACGGGACAGUCCACAGAGCUUCAAGCGUAGACGACUCGAGCAACCGCUGACGAAUUGGGAGGUGAUACGAUCUAAACUGCAACCUCACCACAGCGACUUCGACAUGAUACCCUGGUUACAGGUCACAGCCGCCCUGAUAUCCAGGUACCCCUCCAUCCUGCCGGCUCAUGAGCUCAUGCCUCUGCUGGGGCUGCUCUGUCAGCUGCUGGGUGAACAGCAGCGGCGGGGCGAGAGGGGGCCGUACGUCCUGCGCUGUCUGAGGGAGCUGGCGGUCUGUCAUGCCCAGAGCUCAGUGAACUCUUCGAGUCAUGCGGCUGAGCUGGUCCGUAUUUGGGGCAGAGUGUGGGCUCUUGCACUGUGUGGAGUCAGCUCAGCACAGACCGGCCCUCUGUGUCUGGAACUGUUGCGUACUAUGGUGCAGGAAUCUCUGGUGCCUGUGGAUAGAGAGUUCUGGAAUGUUUUCUCCGGUGCUGUUUGCAAACCUUCCCUAGUUGGUGCCCUCAGUUUGGCUCAGGCCUUGUUGAAGUGCUCCAUUCCUAAGAGUGUUCACAGCAGAGGCACCACCAGUGGAGUUCUGAUGGAGACGGGCGGAGAGCCGCCCACGCUGAGAGACUCCAUCAUCAACUGGCUGCUCAUGAACCAACAGAGUGAAGACACAGAGGAGAACUGCAAACCUCACCUCAUUAUUAUUAGGGAUUUUCCACUGAACGUCAUCCCCAGAAUUCUUGUGUCUUUAACGCUGAAAGAUAGCAGAACAGGACUGAUGUUUCUAAUGGGUAGCCUGCAGCCAGAGAGCUUCUCUCCACAGAGUUCGUCCCACACAGAGGGUAAAGACAGUUUGGUGGCGGUUGAGAGUCUUUAUCUGCAGUUCAGUUUUGAUGAUACGCCCACCUGCCCAGCGGUUACAUCUGACAGAGACAGAGCAUGCUCAGAAAAGCCGCAGUUCACUGUAAUUCCAACUCUCAGAAGCAAACUGGAGCAGAGUCUUCUGUCCGUCACUGAGCAGCUCUUUAACUGCUACUCUCCUGAUAGUUCAAACACUCCUCACGAGUGUGUGUUGCACUGUGUGACUCUGCUGACUGGAGUUCUGGCUGCUUACGUGUGUAUCGGGCUCCUCACAGAAGAACAGGCCUGCCACUCUCCACUCUUCCUAAAAGCCAAGGCAUUGGUUCAUGAAUUUAGUCAUUACAUAUCAACAGCAAAGAGCAAACUAGCUGAGAGAGAAACAAUCGCAACAAUUCAGUGUGUGAUGCUGUUGUGCUCUGAUAGUGUUUGCAGAAGAGAUAAGGAGGACAAAGUUUCCAUCAUCUCUGCCAAUUUAUUCAUGAAGACAUUGCCUGUGAGGUUGCUUAAUGACCUGUGUGACAUAUCUAAACAACUGCUGAGCAGCUCAAGUAAAAAAGAGAGCGUGGUCAUAGAGAAUGAGCAGAUGGAUGAAGACCCGGAGGUGAGCAGAAUCCAAACUGAUAAUUGUGAGGAAAUAGAUCUGUUUGAAGAUGGAGAUGAGCCACAUCACAGCACCUCCCGACCACACCAGUCUACUGAAGAUACUGGUGAUUCAAAGUUCAGCACAGGGGCAAAGUGUGCAUUAUCUGAGGAGCAUUUAACCAAGCAGGACUUAGCCUUCCUGUCUGUGCUUGGUUUCCUGUCUCUUUGUGCAUCUUCUGAACUCAACGGGGGCUUCUCCUUCAAACCUUUGGACACACAACGCAAGCUGCUCAAACUACUGGACAUUACAGACUUCUCACAACCACUACACCUCAACAUGUAUCUCUCAUUGCUAAAGAAACUUCCAGCAGAGGUCUCAUCUCUUGCUCCUGAAGAAUUUGAUGCUCUUCUCAGGCCUCUAGCAGAUGUUUGCUCUCUGUAUCGGCUUGAUCAGGAGGUGUGUGCUGCUAUCUUGUGCGCUCUACUACCCUCCAUCAGCUGCCUGGGCCGCAUGCCACCCGUGAGCGAACAGGAGGAUGAGAUGGCACAUAUCAGAGGAGCUCUGCUCAAAGUCAUGUCAGGAUUCUGUAUCUUGGGUAAAUCUGGCAAGUGUACUUCAGCUGUGAGGGCAGCACUGGUACAGUGUUUACUGGCCUUGCUGGAGGUGGACCCAUGCUGUAAGUGGGCGGUGCUUACCCUAAAGGGGGGGGAGCUACCGGUGUCUGUUGUUCUGUCCUCUCAUCUCGCAGAUCCCCACCACCAUGUGUGCAUGCAGGCAGCACUGUCUGUGGAACGAUUGUUCUUUAUGAAAGGAGAGGAUGAUGGAGGGAAGAUGAUGCUUCCUUUGAAGAAUCAGCAGACAGCAUUUGAGAACAUUUAUCUCAAAGCUCAGGAAGGAAUGAGAGGACAGAGGAACUGUGCUCCUGAAGACUCACCUGAUGAGAUGUUUAAUCGACGGGCGACCUUACUGAAAAGUGUCUCCAUGGUGAUGUCCUGCAGCCCUGUGUGUGAAAAGCAAGCUCUGUUUGCCCUCUUGCAGUCCUACAAAGAGAACAACAUUGACGAACAGCUCAUCAAAAAGGUUCUGGGAGGUGUGUCUCGGUCGCUUGGCUACAGAGAAUCUGAGAGUUUGAUUAGUUCACACCUGUAUUACCUGGUGGCCGAGUGGCUGAACCAGAAACAAGCCGACUCGAGGUACACGCUACAGUCCUUCCCUUACACUCUGUUGGGCUACAGUGAUCUGGAAGAGUUUUACAGGUCGUCUUAUCAUGUGCUGAUCCCACAUCUGGUCUUCCUGAAUGACUUUGAAGAGGUGAAAUCUAUUGGAGGUCAUCUGAACCAAGACUGGAAACAGCUGCUGUCUAACUGCUUCCCCAAGAUCAUGGUCAACAUCCUGCCACACUUCGCCCUUGCCGGGCAAGACGCCCAGGUGGCCCAACAGAGAGAGAAAGCUCACAAGGUGUAUGAUUUACUGAAAGACAGCAACUGCCUGGGGAAACAGCAAAUUGACAGUUUGAUUCGAAAUAAUCUUGCUGAUAUAGUGGUGGAGCUGUUAAUGACACUGCAUGAAACAGCAGGAGAGGCUGCAGUGGAUAGAGGAGACCUGCACAAAUUUUCUGGGGAGCUGGAUCCUGCCCCAAACCCACCGUUCUUCAGCUCAUACGUGAUCAAAGCCACACUGGAUUACCUGAGCAAGUGCCACAGUGCCAGUCACAAGUCUCUGGUCACCAUCCUGUCCAAGACCCCCAUGUCUAUUCAGAAGAUCCUUGUAGCGAUCUGCCAGAAAGCAGCUGAGACCACCAACGCUUACGAACGGCACCGCAUACUGAUGAUGUACCACCUGUUUGUCAGUCUGCUGCUCAGAGAGGUGAAGGACGGGCUGGGCGGAGCCUGGGCGUUUGUGCUGCGUGACAUCAUCUAUACACUCAUUCACCACAUCAACAGCAGAUCAGCUCAACAGGACGAGGUGUCCACUCGCAGUCUUUCUCUGUGCUGUGAUCUGCUGGCAUUGGUCUGUCAGACAGCUGUGCAGUUCUGCGAUGACGCUCUGGAGAGCCAUCUGCAGGUCAUUGUAGGAACUCUCACGGCACAGGUCACUGAGCAGUCUGCCAUAUCUCAGAAGGUGCUCAGUCUGCUGAGAUUCCUGGUGAUGGAGAACCCAGAGAACCGGAUGUUGAGGAAGUCCAUACCACUGCUGGAGCCGUUCCCUGACCGCCCUGCCUUCAGAGAGCUCAGAGCCGCCCAGCACGCCCUCAAAUACACCGCAGGAGCUUUCACUCUCACACAGGAAAUUGAGCAUUUUCUGUCUGUUACAUCAUGUGAUUCGUUGCCUCUGGCACGUCUGGAGGGAUUGAAGGAUUUGAGAAGGCAGCUUCACAGUCAUAAAGAGCAGAUAGGCCAACUACUGAGAGAAUGCCACGCUGAUCCUGCCAGCUGUGUUCUGGUUAAGCUGGUUCUGAACCUUCUUCAGCUCUGCAAAAUUGCUGCCAACCACCCCGGUGGAAGAGACAUCUUGGAGGCUGUUGGAAGGUGCUUAGGAGAACUUGGUCCUGUUAACUUAUCAACCAUUGCAUUGCAUCAUGGGAAAGAUCAGCUGUAUGCUAAAGCAGCUCAUUUGUUCCUUGAUGUUCCUCUUCAGUGGAUCUUCAUCAUCCUGAACUGCAUGGACAAUGCGCUCACACAUCACAGUAUUGUGGUGCGUCAGGCUGCUGGCAUGUGUCUAAAGGACAUCUUGGCCACUCAGUCUGGCCUUGAAUUUGGGGAAAUAUAUAAAAGUACAAGGGACCCGAUGCUGGCAUACCUGAACCCCUUCCGCUCUGCUAAGAGACGGGAGCGCACCAUGACUGUGGAGGUGAGCUCAGAGUCCAGAGACAGGUUGGACUGUCCUGACCUAUGGUUAGUGCAGCCUGGUGGACAUAAGGACUGGUUGAAAAACCUGUGUAUGGCUCUUUUAGACAGUGGAGGGGUCCAGAACGAGACUCUGCUUCUCACCAGACCUUUAUGUGAGGUAAAAACUGAUUUCUGCCAGAGGAUGCUGCCACUGUUUGUUCAUGAUAUUCUUCUGGGAGAUGUGGACGGCUCUUGGAGGCAGCUGUUGUCUACACACAUCCAGAGCUUCUUCAGCCAGUGCUGCAGACCAUCCACAUCCACCAGCCGUCCUACCACACCCAUGCUCUCUGACUCAGGGAACACAGAUAUUGGUAUCCAGUACCUGUUAGAUAAACCUUCUCUUCGCAGCAUGCUGGCAGUCAUAGACUACCUCAGACAGCAGAGCCGCCCUGUGAAACCAGGAAGUAAUGAAUAUGGGACAGUGUGUGAUUCAAACUUCUGGUUGGAUCUGAAUUAUCUGGAGGUGGCCGGAGCCGCUCAGCUGUGUUCUGCUCAUUUCACCGCUCUGCUGUACUCGGAGAUCUACGUGGACAAGAUCAGAUCUGAUAUGGAGCAGAGCAAAAGGUCACAGUCUCGAGUGUCGAGGCGGAUCACGUUUGAAGAGAGCAGUCAGACGCUGUCCAUCAGCAGUGUGAAUGACAAGAGUUUAGAGGACUCUGGCAUCAGUCUACAGGAUCUUCUGAUUGAAGUGUACAGGUGCAUUGGAGAACCUGACAGCCUGUAUGGAUGUGGAGGGGGGAAGUUAAUUAAUCCUCUGACUAGGAUUCGAACUUAUGAGCAUGAGGCCAUGUGGGAAAAGGCUUUGGUCUCAUAUGAUCUUCACUCCAACCUCCCAGAGGUCACGCGACAGAUCGGCAUAGUGGAGGGUCUGCAGAACUUUGGUUUAUGUAGUAUUCUGAGCACGUAUCUUAAUGGGUUGGAGAGAGACGGUGUGGAGUGGGGUCCUGAACUCAGAGAGCUUCGCUUUCAAGCUGCCUGGAGAAACACACAGUGGGACUGUGACCUGCCCGAGAGAAACGAGAAACUGAAGCCUGGCAUCAAUGAGUCCUUGUUCAAUGCACUGCAAGCUUUGAGGCACAGAGAAUUCUCACUGUUUGAGCAAACCCUCAACUACGCCAGAGGUCAUGAGGUGGAGGAGUUGUGUCGUGGUAGUCUGGAGGCUGUAUCUUCACUCUAUCCUGCUCUCUGUAAUCUGCAGCGCAUCAGUGAACUUCAGAGCAUCCAGAAGCUUUUCUCCAGGCCUAUAAGUGACUCCUGUCUGAUUGAGGUGUACAGAAAAUGGCAGCAACACUCUGAUCUCUUAACGGACAGUGAUUUCAGUUUAGUAGAGCCAGUGUUAGCCCUGCGCUCAUCCAUACAGGAAAUACUGAUAUCCUCAGAGACAGACACGGACAGGAAGAACUACCUGAUAUCUGCCUAUUCCUCCCACCUGAUGGAGCUGUGCAAACUUGCUCGUUCUGCAGGCAACACCCAGCUGGCUGAGCGAGCAGUUUUCCACAUGAAGCAGCACAGUGUGGUGAGCGGUGGUGCCGUAAACUCGUUGUCCUGGCAGCUGGAGGAGGCACAGGUGUUCUGGGUGAAGAAGGAGCAGGAGCUUGCACUUGUGCUCCUCAAACAGAUGAUCCACAAACUAGAGGAUCUGGUGAGUGUGAAUCCUGCUGUUGUACCAGUGUAUUCGGAGUGUUUGAGGCUGUGUGGGAACUGGCUGGCUGAAUCCUGUCUGGAGAGUCCUGCAGUCAUACUGGAGAAAUAUCUGGAGAGGGCUGUGGAGGUCAUUGAGGAUCACUCUGCUGGUUCAGAUGCUAAACUGCAGAGCCAGAAGACCCAGGCUUUCUUCUCCCUGGCCCGUUUCUCUGAUGCACAGUACCAGAGCAUUGAGAACUACAUGAAGUCAUCAGAGUUUGAGAAUAAACAGGCUCUUCUGGAGAAGGCCAAGGAGGAAGUGGACCUCAUGCGGGAGAGAAAAGUUAUCAGCAACAGAUACACAGUGAAGGUUCAGAGGGAGGUAGAGCUGGACGACAGGGCUCUGGCCAACCUGCAGGCCGACCGCAACCGCUUCCUCCUCAAAGCCGUGGAAAACUACAUCCAGUGCCUGGAGCUGGGAGAGGAACAUGACACCUGGGUCUUCAGACUGGCCUCCCUCUGGCUGGAGAACGCAGACAACAAAACCGUCAAUGACUUGAUGAGGAGUGGUGUAAAGAAAAUCCCUUCAUACAAGUUCUUGCCCCUGAUGUACCAGUUAGCUGCUCGAAUGGGCACUAAAGUCUCCAGCUCCAUCACCUCACAAGACACAGGUUUCCAUCAUGUUCUCUAUGAGCUGAUCUGUCAAUCAUCUCUUGACCACCCCCACCACACUCUGUUCAUCAUCUUGGCUCUGGUCAACGGCAACAAGGACGAGAGUUUCUCUCGCAGACGCUUAUCCAAGGGCAGCGCACGCCAACCUUCACCUCUGGACUUGGAGCGUGCUGAGGUCGCUCGCAAGAUCGUUGACGUGGUCUGUAAAAAGAGAGGCAAGAUGAUCCAGGGCAUUGAGAUGCUGUGUAAUGCCUACAUCACUUUAGCAUACAUGGAUGCUAGUCGCCAUAAAACUGAGAAGAAAGCCAUACCUAUCCCACCUGAACAACCCAUCAUGCAAAUUAAAGACCUUGAUGAUGUCAUCAUUCCCACCAUGGAGAUCAAGGUGGAUCCAUCAGGCAAAUAUGAAGACCUUGUGACUGUCAGGUCAUUCGAAGCUCACUUUCACCUGGCUGGAGGAGUCAACCUUCCCAAGAUAAUCGACUGUGUGGGCUCAGACGGCAAGAGCAGGAGACAGCUAGUCAAGGGUCAGGAUGACCUGAGACAGGAUGCAGUGAUGCAGCAGGUCUUUCACAUGUGCUCAACACUCCUGCAGCGCAACGCAGAAACGCGCAAGAGGAAACUCAACAUCCGUCGCUACAAAGUGGUACCGUUUUCCCAGCGCAGCGGUGUGUUGGAGUGGUGUUCUGGUACUGUGCCCAUUGGAGAGUUCCUGGUGGACCCUCAGAAGGGAGCACACAAACGCUUUCGCCCACAGGACUGGACCAGCAUGGCCUGUCGCAAGAAAAUGAUGGAGGCUCAGAGGCUGGAAUUUGAUGGCAAACUUCAGGCGUUCACAGAGGUGUGCCAGAGCUUCCGGCCAGUGUUCAGAUACUUCUGUAUGGAGCGCUUUCUAGACCCUGCAGUGUGGCUGGAGAGACGUCUAGCAUACACUCGCAGUGUGGCCACCUCUUCUAUUGUGGGUUAUAUAGUUGGCCUGGGCGAUCGACACAUUCAGAACAUUCUUAUUGACGAACAGACUGCAGAACUGGUGCACAUAGACCUGGGGGUUGCAUUUGAGCAGGGUAAAAUCUUACCCACGCCUGAGACGGUUCCAUUCAGACUGUCUCGAGACAUUGUGGAUGGGAUGGGCAUCACUGGGGUGGAGGGUGUCUUCAGGAGAUGUUGUGAGAAAACAAUGGAAGUGAUGAGGAGUUCUCAGGAAGCGCUGUUAACCAUUGUGGAGGUGUUACUGUACGACCCUCUGUUUGAUUGGACCAUGAAUCCUCUGAAGGCCUUCUACCUGCAGCAGCAUGAUGAGCAGGCAGAGUUGAACGCCACACUCAACCCCACGCCGGGUGGAGACGAGCUUGAUGCCCACCGCAAAGCCAGCAGUGACAGUCAGAGCUUUAAUAAAGUGGCGGAGCGAGUGUUACUGCGACUGCAGGAGAAGCUGAAGGGUGUGGAGGAGGGGACGGUGCUCAGUGUUGGGGGGCAGGUAAACCUCCUCAUCCAGCAGGCCAUGGACCCCAAAAACCUCAGCCGACUCUUCCCCGGGUGGCAGGCCUGGGUCUGAUUCACACGCGAAAGAUGUGCACAUGUGCGAUAAGAAAGCUGCCAUGCCAAAUAAAAUUGUUGACACAAAAAUUGAAAAUAACAAAUGAAUGUGAAAUGUUAGCAGGUAUGUGGAAAUGCCAUAUGAUUGUAUCCUCAUGUGAUAUAUAACAAAAUACUGAUCAUCUGUUAGGCUUCUUUGAAAACACUUCUUGCACUAUUAUUCUUUAAAAUAAUAAAAAAUAAAUAUGUUUUUGUAACGUUUGUUUCAGAAUAUUUGCUCCAUGUCAGAAGGCAUAUUUGGAACAUGAUAGAAAAUGCUUCUGUAACAAACUGAAAAUGUGAUUUAUAUUUUAAUAUAUUUUAAUUUUUGAGAAAACAAAAACACCACAAGCUUUGGUUUGUAUCUAAUAAAGGAAUUUUACUGGUUCAAUACAAGUUAAGCUCAAUCACAAGCAUUUGUUGCAUAAUGUUGAUUUCCACAAGAAAUUCAUUCCUCAUUUAUAAAUGUUUUUUUUGUUUUUAUAAUAAUAAUAAAAAAUAAAAAAAUAUUGGAAGGCACUUACAAUGGAAGUGAAUGGAGCUUGUCCAUAAAUGUUAAAAUGCCCAAUAUUUAAAAGUUUAGCCGCAAGACAUAAACAUUAUAUGUAUUAACAUGAUUUAAGUGUGAUAAAAUCAGAGAUAUACCAGCGUUCCGCCAUUUACCGUAUUAUAGAGUUUACUGGCACGACAACAAAGUUGUUAUAUUGGGUAUAACUUUACACAGAAAAGGUUAGUGAGCAAUUUUAUCAUAUUCAAAUUAUGUUAACAUGUCUAAUGUUUGUGUUGUGGGUAUUGCAUGUUUAUCAACUAUUCCCUUUCACUUCCAUUGCAAGUGCCUUACUGUAAUUUUAUAUAUAUAUAUAUAUCCUGGAAUAUUCCUUUACUGUAAUUUUUAUAAUGGAUGUUUACUAAGAUAGGAAAAAUUUAUAAAGGAAUACAAUGCAAUAAAACUGGUAUAUGCAUUAAAUG